UAAAUAAAAAUAAAUGAACGUAUAUCUCACUCCUUGUUCUCUCUCUCUCUCCCUCACAGGCACUGAACAAGACUUUCCCGGAUCACACCUUCCUCAUGAACGGCCUCAUUGUGGGGAUAAAGGGUUUGUUGUCAUUCCUGAGUGCCCCCCUGAUCGGCGCCUUGUCUGACCUGUGGGGUCGCAAGUUCUUCCUGUUCAUCACCGUGUUCUUUACAUGUCUGCCCAUCCCGUUCAUGAAGAUCAACACAUGGUGGUAUUUCGCCCUCAUCAGCAUGUCGGGCGUGUUCGCCGUCACGUUCAGCAUCGUGUUCGCCUACGUGGCCGACGUGACCGACGAGGCCGACCGCAGUAGUGCCUACGGCCUGGUCUCGGCCACGUUCGCCGCCAGCCUCGUCACCUCCCCGGCGCUCGGGGCGUACCUGGGCUCUGUGUUCAGCGAUGACCUGGUAGUGGGCUUGGCGACGGCGAUAGCGGUGCUGGACGUCUUUUUCAUCCUGGUUGCCGUGCCGGAGUCCUUACCGGAGAAGCUCAGAUUAUCAUCUUCCUGGAGCGCACACAUCUCGUGGGAGCAGGCAGACCCCUUCUCGGCUUUGUGGAAAGUGAGCAAAGAUCGCAAUGUCCUUCUCAUCAGCGUGACAGUGCUCCUGUCUUAUCUGCCCGAAGCUGGCCAGUACUCCUGUUUCUUUGUGUACCUCAGCCUGGUUAUGGAUUUCACUGCACCAAUGGUUGCAACAUUCAUUGCUGUGGUGGGCAUCCUCUCCGUUGUCGCACAGACCGCGUUGCUGAGUCUGCUCAUGAAGCAGUUGUCAAACAAACAUGUUAUUAUGGUGGGCCUCGUAUUUGAGAUGCUCCAGCUCAUGUGGUACGGCUUUGGCUCAAAGAUGUGGAUGAUGUGGGCAGCGGGACUUCUAGCAGCUGUAUCUUCCAUCACCUACCCAGCCAUUAGUGCCUAUGUCAGCACUCAUUCUGAUGUUGAUAAGCAAGGAGUCGUGCAGGGGAUCAUUACCGGGAUGAGAGGCCUAUGCUCUGGUCUCGGCCCCGCAGUCUUCGGCUUCAUAUUCUAUCUCUUCCAAAUGGAUCUAAAUAUAGACAAGGCAGAAGGUGGAGAGCAGAGACCCAACAGCUCAGCCUCUGGGAAUGGCACCUCCCACCACGUCACCAGCAGCCCAAAGCUGGUGCCUGGCCCACCAUUUGUCUUUGGUGCUCUAAUGGUUAUCUGUGCACUGCUGGUGGCUGCAUUCAUACCUGAAGAAAGAUCGUCAAAAAAUCGUAAACAAUCGGGAAGCAAUUUAGAUAUAUACGAGAGGGGACACAAGAAGGACGAUGGAAUGGACACGGCGUCGUUGCCAUUAAUGGACGAGACGGGAGUGCUCUAGCCCUUUUAGUGAAGGAUAGAAAGAGAAAUUAUACAAUAAAAUGAUGGAAAGAAAGAGGGGAGGAAAGAAGAAAGGAAGACAGAAAAAAAGCUUUAUGAUAAUGGACAAAAGAUUAUCUUGGUUGAAGUAGAUGAAUAAGUAGAGAAUGGACAUUGUGUAAAAUAGGAUUAUUUUGAAUGAUUUUGUUUGUAAGGAAAGGGUAAAAGAAAGAAAGAAAGAAAGAAAGGAAGAAAGACAAAAAAUAGAAGGGGGGAAAGUGUGACUUACUUUCCAUUUUUUUUUCUUCUUCUUCUUCUUCUCUUAUUUUUUAUUAUUAUUAUUAUAUAUUUUUUUUUCUUUUUCCCCUUUCCUCGUAUUGUGAUUGACGAGUCAUGAUGGCGAUGGUGCGAAUACAGUGGCUCUGUGGGGGUAUUUCUUGGGAGGCAUGUGACCUUGGCAUUCAUUUGACUGUGGCGAUGCAGUGCUGGAUGAGAAAGUGCUAUCAUUGUUACUACUAUUGUGGUUAUUUUAUUGGUAGUUGUAGUUGUACUAGAAGUAUGUAUUAUUAUUGCUAUUGUUAUUUUAUUAUUACAAUUUUUAUUAUGAUUAUUAUCAUUAUUAUUAUCAUGUUUAUUAGUAUGGUUAUUAUUGAUUUUGAUAUUGGUAUUAUUAGUAGUAUUAUUGACAUGAUUGGUAUUGUAGUUGGUGAUAUGACUGAUAUGAUAUAAUAAUGAUUUGUUUUUUUAUUGAUAUCAUUAUUAUAAACAGUGCUUGAUUUCUAUUAUUUUUUUGAGGAGUGUUAGUUAGUAAUAAAUUUUUUUUAUAUCAGUAUUUUUAGUAGAAGCAGACAACAUUUCUGUCUUCGUAAUGUGGUGUCUCUCAAGGUGACAGAUGAUAAAGACUUUGAUAAUUAGUUAUGAAUGAAAAACUGAAAAAGAAAAGAAAGAAAGAAAGAAAAAAAUUAAGGAGAAAAGUGCACACUUGCAGUGACUCAAUUUUUCUUAAGAGUUUGAAGCUUUUGAAAUGACAAACCAGCAAGAAGAGAUAUACUGGAAAACAACAUAUAUAUAUAUACAUUGAACUUUUGUCUUAAAAAAAAAAAAAAAAAACUCUCUCUGAUAAUAGACAAUGUCACAAACAGAAGGGAUAAAAAAAUAAUAAUAAUAGAAACAGCUAACAGACACAUUUGGUGCUGGUGGACAGGAAACGAUGAAUGAAAAAUCUCUUCUCUCGACUUUAUACAGUGUGUAAAGUGAUGACAGGUUGUUGUUGUUGGUGGUGUUUGUUUUUUAUUAUUAUAUUUUUUUUGUCUUUCUCUUUUUCACUUUUUUUUUUUUUAUUUUGAAUAGGUAUUUGUAUGAAUACUGGAAACCAGAUAGUGACUGAUUUUUCGAAUUCAUGAUUUUCUUUGUUGUGAAAUUCUUCUUUCUUUUCUUUCGCUCUCUUUCAAAAUUGAAGACCUUCGACACAUAUCAGACGUAUGAAUAGCAUGGUGUUUGCAUUUUCUUUGUCAUUUUCGAUCCCAUCUUCACUCUUUUCUUCAUUUUUAUCUCGAGAAUAAAAAUCAAAAAGAUGAAGUGUGUCUGUGAGUGUGUAUAUGUGUGUGAAUUCAUAUAGAUAUUUAAAAAAAAAAGAAAGACUUUUAAAAGGAUUAGAAAAAGAACACAAAAAGCUCAUAGAUUCUUCGUUUUUGGAAUGGUAUGCCAUUCAAGCAUGCGUACAGUAUUUUCCUCCGAUGAUGGACCAAGGUCUUUAAGUUUGCUUGAUUCUACAGGCAUUUUGACUGGUGCUGUUUCAUGCCGCUGCUAUAAUCUGAGACUCGUUGGGUUUGGGUAUGCCCCAAAGCAUGCCUUUUUGUGAUAAACUUUAAAAAAAAGAAGAACUGAAUAAAGUAUAUUAGAUAAAAUGAAGUAAAUGAAAGCAUGCUUGCAAAAAAACAAAAAAAAACAAAAAACAAAAAAAAAAAAAACGCUUGGAGAUAUGCAUCGUCACUGGCAAAGAGUCGGAAAAAGGAAGAGGAGAGGAAGAUGAAAGAAUAGAUUAUGUAUAUGCAUGCAGAGCCGCUUCAAGAAAACGCGUCACUGGCAAGGAGGCGGAGACGAAGAGUAAAUGUCAGGAAAGGAGAGAACAGCAGGAGAAAAAAAAGAAAAAAAAAAGAGAGCUCGGGAAAAAAAAAAUAUUGGUAAUUCAAGGUCAUCGGCCGCGUCCCCCAGCCAUCGUCGCACGUUGUGAGUUAAUUAUGAGUAUUGUGAUGGUCUUACAUGACUUUCUCGUUUUUAUUUUUAUUUUAUUUAUUUAUUAUUUUUUUUAAGAACACAAUAAUAAUAAUAUCCAUACAUAUAUGUACAUGUUUAAUCUUCUUUUGUCCUCACUUCUGUGUGCAUUGUAAUGAUAAAGAAAUGAAAGAAAGAUAAAAAGUAAAAAAAAAAAACAUACAAAAAAAAAAAAACAAGAAUUUAGAUUUUAUACAUAGAAUGGAUAGGACCUCAACAGAUGAAUUUUUAUUUUCUAUUUGAAUAUACUAUGGUAAGAAAGGCUGUGUAAGCAUAAACCUGUAGGCAGAUAGCACCUUGUAUAGAUGCCAUGCUGGUUUUCUCCCUCCCUUCUCCCCCCCCCCACCCCCACCCCUCCACUUCCCCGCCCCUCCCAUUCAAUUAAUUGUAGAACAUAUUGUCUCUUUGUUCAUUUUCAAUUGUUGUUUUCCAGUGCAAGUUGAUAAUUUUCUGAAUUUCAGAAUGCGAUGGCAUCUUGUUCACUCUGAAUGGACUGAACUUAGCUUAAACAAGAACUUUUAGGGUUUAUGGGAAGUAAUAUAUGUAUACAAUUUUUUAUUUUCUCUCUUUUUUUUUUAUCUUUUCAAUCUAUAGAUUUUUUUUUUUUUUUUUUCUAAUCUUUAUACAUUUGUGAGAUUUUGAAGAUGUCUGUUUUGUAAUUCUUUAUGUCUCUCUUUCUAUCUCCCACCUUAUUCAUUCUUCCCCCACUUCUUUGUUGUUGUUUUUUUUCUAUCUCUCUCUCUCUCCCUUUAGUUUUCUUCCUAGCUCCCUGUCACACUUAGAUAUAGCCAUAGGGUACAACAAUAUAGCCGUGAUAACGUAUUGCUAAAAAAAAGAAAACCGUCCUCGAUAUAAACCGUGCGAAUGUUCCGUGUGCGAGCAACUAUAUCUCUUUGUAGAAGACAUCUCUCGGUUGUAGAUAGCUUCGCCUUGAUUUGUUAGCAGUUAUUAGAUUAUUGUAUAGGAAGGAUAAAAAUUAAUUCUCUUGGCUUGGGUUCGAGCGUUUUCAGAUCACUGUCAAUACUUGGACACAAAGUUACAAUGCAUAUAGGUAUCAGUGUUUUUUUUUUGUUUUUGUUUU